AUGUUCUCUGCGGCCAAUGGGAAAAUCAAGUUGCCGCCACAUGAUACGGACGCAGCCGCCUCGUCCACGCUACGCUGUCGGCUGAAUAUACCCUUCCGCGAUCUGCACUUUAAUGUGGCCGAUCAUCGGCUCAUACCCGUGCACGAUGUUGUCUUCCUGGACGACAUCGAGCGCAACGUUAAGCCGCUCAUCUACAGGCCCGUGCUGGCCGACACUGUGAUAGUGACGUCGACGCCGACGCCGACGUCGACGCCGGCGACAACGCUUGUGACGUCGCCGCUGCAGCCAGCAGCAGCAGCAGCAGCUGAGCAGCUGGCAGCCAACGGCAGCGACACAAUUCGAAUACUUAAUACCAGGUAUUUGCACUUUAAGUUAAUUAAAAUGCCAACCAACGAAUUUGUGGUCUGCUUAAUAAAUACGAUACGUCCGCGAGGCCGACCCGCAAAUAAUUGAAUUUACUAAAAGCACAUGGCAAAUAACCGACAACGAUUUAAAAACGAAUUGUAUAAUUACCAUUAUAAUUAAUUAAGCACUGCGCAAACAGCCUUAAUGAAAAAUUCAAGCGUUUCAUCCGAAUAAAGGCUUACCUUUGCAGGCUCCAAAUGCUCUCAUUUU